UGAAAUCCUUUAGUUUGAGCUCAGCCGCCGUGGGCUUCGCAGUCAAAUAUAUAGAGAGGAGGGUCUUCUCGCGUCCAGAUCUUCUGAAGGGAAUAAAAAGGAGAUCCGAACCCCACCUCCGGGCCAGACCGUUUUACCAUCCCGGAGUUGGAUUUUUUUUUAUUUGUAAAAGCCGACUCGGUUUUUUUUUUCCUUUUCGAGUGUUCUUUUUCUUUUUUGUUGCUUAGGAAAAAGACAAUGGGAGCCCAGUUGUCCAAGGGUGGAGUGGAGGUGGAGGGCAAGGCCGCCGCCGACCCUGCUGCUGCCAAAGUCAACGGCCAGGAGAAUGGCCAUGUGAAAACCAACGGUGAUGUUUCAGACAAACCUGAUGGGGAAGUGGCUGCUGCUGAUGGGAACGGAACCGCCGAACCAGCUAAGGAGGGCGAGGUCAGCGCUGGGGAUGCAAUUGAGCCUGCUCCGGCCGCCGAGGGCGAGGAUUCAAAGGCGGAUGGGGAGGCCGGCAAGGAAGGCAAAAAGAAAAAGAAGUUCUCUUUGAAAAACUCCUUCAAGUUCAAGGGCAUCUUGCUGAAGAAGAACAAGAAGAGCAGCGAGGAGGGCAAGGAGGAAGCCACCUCUCCUACGACUGAGGACAAGCCCGAGGAAAAUGGCCACACAGCCAAGGAGACCAAAGAGGAGACGCCAGCUGUGGAGGCCAAAGAAGGCGAGGCUGCCCCUACACCUGAGGGUGAGGCCAAGGCAGCAGAGGAGGCCCCACCAACAGAGGCCGCCCCUGCCGAGGAAGCUGCUGCCCCCGCCGAGGCCGCCACAACACCUGCAGCCUCUGAGGGCGAGGCCAAUGCAGAGUGACUGCAUCUGAACUGAUUUUCCAAGAUGAAAGUAUAUAAAUAUAUAUAUGAGAGACUUGUGCCACAUUUUCAAAGUUAUAAACAAAACUACAAAAGAAGACGACAAAGGAUAUAUCACAUUUGCUGAUUUGACCACCAGUUCACUGCCUUUUAUUAGUUCUUCGACAGAUGGAAACUCACCGGGCCCUCUCAUGAUGAACCCGUCGGCUUGCGUCUCUCCACCCUCCCUCUUGAGGUACACAUAGGGACUGGCAUGUGGCGAAGGUAGUGGCUUGGACGCAGAGUGAAUUAGGAAUACUGACUUUUUUUUCCCAAUUCAUGGAAAAAGCAUCUUUUUUUUUAACAGCGUGGCAGCCCUAUAACAUCAAUUUCUAUUUUAGUUUUGGGAUCUAAAAAUUUUUUUCCACUUUUUGCAGAGCUGGAACAGACCAUCUUUCUCACUCCAAAAGACUUAUAUGGACACAAAUCUUUGAAAUGAUCUUAUUAAUUUUUUGAUUUUACAUUCCUAUACUUUACCCCCCUGAAUUUCAAGUAUUUUGUCAUGUAUAGAAAAGUGAUAAUCCAGGAGGGGAGACUGGAAAAGAGCUAUGUCUUUGUUCGUGCAUUUGGAUUAUUUUUCUUUUCUAGCUAAAACCACGUUCAAGCUUCUCAAGUAUUGCAGUGUUAACAUUCAGAGUUUAUGGGGGGAGGGGGGGGGGGAGUCAGGGUUGUGUACAAAUGUGAUCUUUUUAUCUGCAAACUGUCUCUGUAAAUAUGUUUUGGCCAACAUUUUUGGUUCUCUUUAUUUUGCUAUUGUUUGAAGAUGUUAAUGGUUUUAUUGUAACUUUUAAUAAGGGUAAAAAUAAAUGUUCAAUCCCCUCUUGA